AUGGCAGACAAAGCCGCCACCGCCGCCGCCGCCGCCGCCGCCAGCGACAACAAGCGCAGCCCUUCGCCCGGACGCAUAAAGCCCCCAGCGGAAGAUCCCGACACCGCUGCCGCCCGCAAGGAGUUCGACAACACCGCCAUCUCGGAAAAGCAGUCCGCCGCCGCCGCCGCCGCCGCCAUGUCUGCCUCUGACCAGCCCGCCGCGGCCAAGAAGGCCACCCCCGAGCUCGAGAUCCCCGACAACAAGAACGACCUGAUGAAGGAGCAGAUCUCGUCCCCCAAGAAGAAGCGCGCCCACGACGAGCUGGAUCAGAACAAGGACCCCCACCAGGAUCCCAACGGCGACGUCUCGCCCAUUGCCGCCAACGGCACCGCCUCCACCGGCCGCAACAACCGCUCAGAGCCCGAGAAGAAGCGCCACCGUGACAUCUCGAGUGAGACCAAGCCUACCGACAACCAAACCACUGAGACUGGCCAAGCCAAGGAUUCUUCGGCCUCCAAGGAUACCACGGCAGAGGCCAAGGCAGAUAAACCGUCCGCCGACAAGUCUGCGCCGGCGCCUACCUCCGCCUUCGGCAGUUCCGGCCUGGCAAGCUUCGCGACCUCCUCGUCACCCUUCCUCCAAGCUGCCGGGUCCAAGCCCCUCACCUCCUUUGCCAGCGCCUCGGGCUCGGCCUCACCCUUCGGCGCUGCAGCCUCGACCAAGUCAGAUACCCCGUCUCUCUUUGGCAGUGGCAGUUCGACCAACGGCGCAUCCCCUUUUGGUUCCGUCGGAGGCGCCUCGGCCAAGCCCUUCGGAGGGAGCGUCUUUGGCACUGGUUUUGGCGGUGGCCUAGGGAGCAGCAAGCUGACCUCGUUUGCCAAGCCUGGCGAGACUUUUAAGAGUAGCAAGCCGGCCAAGGCCUUCGGGGCACCCGACAGCGACCCGGAACCGGACGAAGAAGACAACGCAGACGAGGCCGACAGCAAUGCCGGUGCCGAGGAAGAGAAGCAGGAAAAGGAAGAGAAGGACGCCGAGGGAGACAAGAAGAGGACCAAGCUCCAAAGAGUGGCUGUGGACGAUGGCGAAGCUGGCGAGGCUACUGUCCUCCAGAUGCGUGCAAAGAUCUUCUAUCUCGAUAAGACUGUCGACCCCAUGGCUUGGAAGGAGCGCGGUGCCGGCGUCCUCAAGAUCAACGUGCCCCAGCAGUGCAUCGAUGUCGAUGACGACGGUCUUGUCAUCCCCGGAAGCUUCGAUGCCUCGAGUCUGGAGGAUGGGGAUGUGAAGACGGUUCGACUCAUCAUGCGCCAGGAUUCGACGCACCGUCUCAUUCUCAACACGACUCUCAUCCCCGCCAUGACCUUCCAGGAGAAGCCCAUGAACAAGACCGUUUGUGUUCUUUUCACCGCUAUUGAAGGUGAAGGCCAGGCCAACAGUAUCCAGCUCAAGCUUAACCCCACAAACGCCAAGACUUUUGUCAACGAGGUUGGAAAGAUCCAGCGCGAGCUUCAGUCGAGCUAG